AUGACCAGCACCGCCCACGGGGCGGGCGACGGACCGGGCCGCGUGCGGGGCUCGCAGCAGGACGACCGGAACACGGACGAGGACGAUUUGCGCGGCGAGGCCCGGGAUCCACGGUACCGCAGCUUCGACCUCGCGUCCCCGCACGCUUGGGAGGCGCGGCGGGGCUUUCUGGCCGAGCUGCAGCAAGGCACGUCGUUCCUGCGGCUCGCGGACGCAGCCCUCUGGGCAGCAGCCGAGGACGACGCUCUCGCGACGAACUCGCCCGUGCGGCUGCCGGUGGACGCGUUCAAGCAGCGCCUCGCGCGCCUCGCGGACAACUGCGGCGCUGCGCUUGCGGCGGAGGGGGCAAGACGACGGGAGACCGGCGGCGAGGAGGGGGAGCUGUCGGACGAGGAGGCAGUCGCGGUGGUGAUGGAGUGCGUGCUGGGCGCGGGCGGUCUCCGCGUGCCCGACACAGGGAAGUCGUCGGUGCCGGGGGAGUCCGUCGUCGCGCACCCGGGCGUCUGGGAGCGCUCCAGCCACGCGUACCUCAACCAGGUGCUGUGCAACCGCGUCGGCACCCCCGCGUCGCUCGCGAUCGUCCUGAUCGACGUGUUUCAGCGCCUGCUAGUCUCCGGCGCGUUGUCUUGCGGCGUCAUCGUGGACUGCGAGGACUUCACCGAGCCCCCGACGGCACGCCCCGCGCCGGGCUUCACUCGCGAGGCGCUCGUCGCCGCGGACGGCCGCGUGGCGAACACAUGCACCACGGACGCGCUGUGCGAGGUGCUGCGCACGCUCAAGCGCGCUUUCUGGCCGUUCGCGUGGGAGUCGAACGUGGCCGCGGACCCGACGGGCGCGCAGGGGGGGUUCGAGGCCGCGGCGCGGACGGCGCUGGAGGGCGACGACGACGCGACGACGGAGGCGAUCUCGCGGUUCGCGAAGUAUAGGUUGAAACGGGGCAUUUAUACCAGCACGGGCGCGGGGGACCUGCGGCGGUGCGUGCCGGCGUGCGAGCGGCUCGUACUGCUGUGCGGGGACAGGUGA